GAUAUUCCCGUGUACAAAGUCUGCGUGUGGGUUACAGUAGAGGGCAGAGACAGCAUACCUCUCCCUGCCACUUCAUCUCUCUCGACUCUGGGAGAAGCCGGAAUGCAUACCAAGUCAGACUCGGAGGUGACCAGCGUGGACCAGUCGUGGCCGGCUCGAUCCCCUCGGAGACCGCUCUACUACGUUCAGAGUCCGUCGAACCACGAUGUGGAGAAAAUGUCUUACGGCUCCAGUCCUCUGGGUUCCCCCCACCAUUAUUACCAUUCCUCCCCCAUUCAUCACUCUCGCGAGUCCUCCACCUCUCGCUUCUCCGUCUCCCUCAAAAACCCCAGAAACCUCUCCUCCUGGAAGAAACUUCACCAGUCCCAGCACCACGAGGACGACGACCACGACGAUGACGUCGGCGACGCCGAUCAAGGCUCCGGCCACAACAUCCGCUUGUACCUAUGCUUCUUCUUGCUCUUCGUGCUGCUUUUCACGGUCUUCUCUCUCAUACUCUGGGGAGCCAGCAAGAGUUAUGGCCCUAAAGUUUUAGUUAAGAACAUAGUGUUCGAGAACUUGAAUAUCCAAGCGGGGAAUGAUGACACCGGGGUACCAACAGAUAUGCUGUCGUUGAACUCAACGGUGAGGAUCGUGUACAGAAAUCCAGCCACAUUCUUCGGCGUCCACGUCACUUCGACUCCUCUUGAGCUUCACUACUAUCAACUCAGCCUAGCUUCCGGCAGGUCUUUGACCUUUCCGAGAACCCAAAAAAAGAAGGGAAAAGGGGACGGGAAGGGUGGUGGUAUGGCACGCUGGGUGCUCGGGCCAGUGGGGCUCGAUGGGGUGGGGGUCAAUACCAAUCUCGGGGACUACAGUGAUACAGAAUCAGUUGAAUUUGAUUGGAUGAAGAAGUUCUAUGUGAAGAGGAAGAAGGAGAAGAAGAUGGUGGUGGUGGUGUCGGGGCACCAAGUGCCGCUGUAUGGAGGAGUGUCAGCUCUUGGGAACGCCAGACAGCAGAAGCAGAAUGUGGCGUUGCCGCUGAACCUCACGUUUGUGGUGAGAUCAAGGGCUCACAUCCUGGGAUCAUUGGUUCGCUCUAAAUUCUAUCGAAGAAUCCGAUGCUCUGUCACUCUUCAUGGCAGCAAGCUUGGAAAACCUUCUAACUUGACCCAUUCUUGUCUCUAUAACUGAUCUCAAUAUUUUACUCUUUUCC